CGGUCUCAACUAUGGAUGAGCGAAGCGACGUUUUUAUUAUUGAGAAAAUGGCAAUUGAAUUCAAAUCGUGCGGAUACGUUGCGGACGACUCAAGUGAUUUAAUUAAAGUGACAAAGUGAACCAAUCAACAAAUUGAACAUUUCAAAAGUUGUUAAGUGUCAAGAGAAGUGCUAGACAAAUAAGUUGCAACACUUUUAGAAUGGAUGUGGCAGUAAAAACAGAAGCAUGCCCCAAAACUCCAACUGACGUAAAGACGUCAAAUGAAAAGGUGCCGUCACCAGAAGUUCCAUUAAAUGGAUCUCUGGUAAGUGCUCAAGGUCAGCAGCAGCAGCAACAGGCUGGACAGCCACAGUUGCCUCAGCAAAAAGCCAAACGAAAACACCGUCGAGGCAAACCAAAAUCCAAAAAUGUUAACAAACCGUACAAGAAAUCCAAUUGGAGAUUUCAAAUGCCACGCCUUAACUACAGUAAAUGUGGUCCUGGCAGUGGCGGCGGUGGUGGGGGUUGCUCUGCUGGUGGUAAUCGCCGUGAAAAGCUGCAACGUUCCCGUUCAUUGGUACCAUAUAAUACCAAUAAAUUUCUUAUGGAAGAACACUUAGCAGAAGUUCCGAAUGGCCUCUUUACACCCUCUGGCAGGACACGCGAUUCUAGCUUCUCCAUGGAUUCAGAGGAUAAUUAUUUCUUUUCGCUGCCCGAAGAUGAGGAAGAAUUUUUGACCAAGGAAUUCGCCAAUGUCUAUGAGAAGGCCCGGGUCGAGCGUUUAGAAAAUUUGAGCAAACAAGAACUCAUCCAGGAAUGUUUACAAAUUGAAGAUCGUUAUUCCAAAGAUCAGGGUAAUCAAAGGCAACAGCAGACGAAUAUACAACGUAUAGCAUCGGAGUAUAUGGCUAAAGUACGAAUGCUGGAAGAAAAAGUUCGUGAGCUAUCAAGAGAGAAUCAUAAUCUGCGCUGUCAGCUAAUGCGUUCAGCUGCAUUUGCCGCUGCUGCUGCGGCUUCACCACCCUCAGCUGCAGCACCCAUUGGUGCUGCAUGUCAACCAACGCCCAUGGAUUCAUCGAGUGAGGACAGUGAAAGUGAUAGCUCUAGUUCGAGUUCAUCUUCAUCAUCAUCAUCCUCCAGCAGUGACAAUGAAGAGGAGCGAUGCAAUGAAGCAGCGCGUCGUCGUAGGCGAAGUUGUUCAUCUCAUAGUUCUUUAAGUGAGUAUAAUGGUUAUGUAGAAAAUAACUAUGUACAACAAAAUGGUGCAGCAACAAACAAUGAAGGUGGUAUCCUGCAAUCUGUAUCUUCUCCGGUCCAUCCCGUUGCCGCUGUCAAUGAUGCAGAUUAUGAGCAACAACAAUUAUUAAAUGAUGAUCAUAUGGAUGAUGAUGACGAUGAUGGCGAUGAUAAUGAACCAAAAGAAACAAAUCUUACAAAUGGAUUUCAUGCAGACACUGAAUCUUCUUCACCUGUUAGAUUAAGUGCCAGACUUGUAGGUGGAAAUAAUGGUGACAUACCUGAUGGAGGAGGUGGCGGCGGUGCCGUCAAUGAUGAUGGUGCAAAUAAUAUUGUGGUCAAUAAUGCUAAUGUACAGAAAUGAAUAACGGUUCCAUUGAUUCCCCUAUUAAUCUCCUGUUAAACCACAAAAUCCUUUGCUUACCUAGUAUGUGAUCCUGUGAAAUGUUUUAUAAACACCACAAAAUAAAAAUUACGUUUUCGUUUAUAAGUCGUAUUGAAAAAAGAAACAAAA